AUUAGGAUUUCGAGAUCUGAUGGAUCAUUUGCUACUCUUUCUUGUCCACUUACUUAUACUACAUCUGAAAUUUGUCAUCAGUUGGGACGGAAAUUGUUUAACCAAAAACCACCUGCAAGUUAUAAACUAUACAUUAAAGAAAGAGGAUUAGAACGAGUGGCAGCACCGAAUGAAAAACCAUUGAUCUUUCAAAGACGUCGGCUUGAACAAGCUGGUUAUACUAUGGCUGAUCGAUUAGAUGAUGUGGGAAGAGCUGAUUAUUCUUAUUUGAUUAAGUUUGUUUAUAAAGAAGAAUCAUUAGCUGCAGUGGGAGGUGAUGAUGAUUUUCAAGGGAACUUAGAAUAUGUAGAUUUACAAGCUAGAAGUAUUCAAGCGAUCCCGAUCUUUUUAUUUAAACAUGCGCCUUUAUUAGUCAGCCUGAAUUUAUCAAGAAAUCCUAAACUGGACAUUCCAUCGGAUUUCAUUCAACUCUGUACUUCAUUAAGAGAAUUAAGAUUAUGUUAUAUGGGAGUGAAACGGGUACAUCCAUCGAUUCGACAGUGUCAUAGUUUAAGUCGAUUGGAUUUAUCAAACAAUCGGAUUGUCGAUUUAGAACAUGCAAGAUUAGAUGAUUUAACUGAUCUCAUGGCACUCAAGGUUCAUAAUAAUCGGUUAUGGAACUUACCGGAUUAUUUUAAAACGUUUAAAUCUUUAAGGCUCUUGAACCUAUCGAACAACAAGUUUGAAAGUUUACCAUUAAUCAUUUGUGAAAUUGAAUCAUUGGUAGAUUUAGAUAUUUCAUUUAAUAUGAUCACUGUUUUACCAUUUGAGAUUGGACAAUUGAAGAACUUGGAAAGGUUCGUUAUCUUGGCUAAUCCGAUCUCAACCAUUCCAAGUACGUUUGUAGGAUUAAGACAACUUAGAGAGAUUGAUUGUCGAAGGUGUAUGUUAGGGGACAUUGCGAUCUUUAGUGAAUUACCUAAACUCAAGAAACUCUUGUGUGAAAACAAUGGGGUGACGAUCUUAGAUGGAGCCUUCAAUUCGCUCACCGAACUGAAUGCGAGUCAUAAUUCGAUUACUAGAUUACUUUUAGUGGGGACGGGUUCGACGUUGGUUUCCUUGAAUGUUUCUCAUGCUAAGAUCUCAUCUUUAGGACAAGAGUUUUUUGAUGCUCUAGUGAGUUGUGAAAGUUUAAAUAUGGAUAACAAUCAAAUCAAAUCGUUUAGUGAUUCGUUUAAUCAAUUAACCAACUUACGAAACUUUUCAAUGAAAAACAAUCAACUGACUUCGUUACCUGAAUCGAUUGGACAACUUCAAAGGUUACAUACAUUGGAUUUGGCUAAUAAUAAUUUGAGUGCUUUGCCAAAGACGAUUUGGAAUUGUUCUCAAUUGAUCGUCUUGAAUGCUAGUUCGAAUCUGAUUGAAGAGUUUCCUAUGCCUCCUUUGGCUGAAAGUCUUACUCAGGAAGAAAUGAAAAGGAAAGCUUCAAUCCCUUCGAUGAAAACUAAUAAUGUGGCAACAGCAGCUGGAACAGGUUCAGGAGGAGGAGGAGGUUCAUCUGGAGGAAUUGGUCAUUCGAACUCGAGUCAAUCGGUUAGUAGAAGUUUACCACCCUUAUCGAAAAGUUUACAAGAAUUAUUUUUAGGAGAUAAUGGAUUAGGAGACAAUGUGUUUAGUCCGAUUUCAUUAUUAAGUGAAUUAAGAGUUUUGAACUUAUCAUUUAAUGAUCUUUAUGAAGUUCCAUCCUUAACGUUAAGUAAAUGUGAAUCAUUAGAAGAAUUAUAUUUGAGUGGGAAUUCAUUGACGAGUUUACCAGGUGAAGAUUUUGAAAAUUUGAUUGGAUUGAAAACUUUGUUUGUGAAUGGAAAUAAACUUCAAACUUUACCGGCUGAAUUGGGGAAACUUAAGCAUUUGGAAUCUUUGGAUGUUUCUAGUAAUGUUUUAAAGUAUAAUGUUACUAAUUGGCCUUAUGAUUGGAAUUGGAAUUGGAAUUUGGAUUUACAGUAUUUGAAUUUAUCUGGAAAUAAACGAUUAGAAAUCAAACCUGCAGCUGGAAAUCAACAAGAUGCGAUUGCGACGGCUAAACGAAAGAAUUUAUCGAAUUUCAAUGCAUUAAGAAGGUUAAGGUUAUUAGGAUUAAUGGAUGUAACGCUCACUACACCAUCUGUACCGGAUGAAAGUGAAGAUCGAAGGGUUCGAGUCACUCAAUCUGAAGUGAGUUCGAUGGGAUAUGGGAUAGCUGAUUCGAUGGGAAGAGAAGAUUAUAAUGUGGUAGGAUUAGAUAUGGUGGUUUCUAGGUUUAGGAAUAAAGAUGAUGAAUCACUCUUUGGAUUGUUUGAUGCUCAUUCAAAGACGGCCUUUGCGGGUGGGAAACUAGCCAAGUAUUUACAUGAUGGUUUUUCAUCGAUUCUUUCAUCUGAAUUAAGAAGAUUAAGAGAAGGUGAAUCGGUUUCGGAAGCUUUGAGAAGAGCGUUUUUGAAUAUCAAUCGAGAUUAUGGAAACCUGGUGGUUUCUCAAUUCGAAGGAAGAAGAAAAGGAUCGAGUGGAAGUUUAUUGACGAGUGAAAGACCUAGUAUCACCGGUACGAACGGAUAUGCUGAUGGGAAAUGUGGAGCGUCUGGUGUAGUAGUUUAUGUGGCUAAGAAGACAGUUUAUGUGGCGAAUGUAGGAGAUGCAUUGGCAGUGAUUGCAAAGAGAGGAGGAGCGGCUCAUCCGAUUGCUCAUAAACAUGAUCCGUUUGAUUCGGUUGAGAUUGAAAGGAUUCGAUCGGCUGAAGGAUGGGUUUCACAAAAAGGAUUAGUAGCAGAUGAAGUAGAAGUGUCAAGAUCGUUUGGAUAUUUUCAUGUUCAUCCAGCGAUCAAUUCGAAACCGAGUGUACAAACCAUUGAGCUUUCGGAAGAUGAUGAAUUGAUUAUUAUUGCCAAUGCAGGGAUUUGGUCACAUAUUACUUAUCAAGCUGCUGUAGAUGUGGCACGAGCUCAAAACCGUAAAGCGGAUCCGAUGAUGGCAGCACAGAAAUUAAGAGAUUUAGCUUUAUCUUAUGGAGCUGAAUCGAAUUUGAUGGUGAUGGUUGUAGCUCUAGGAGAUUUGUUUAAAGCAAAGAGAAGGUUAACUUAUAGAGGAGCCGGAGGAGCUCAGAUUGAUGAAGAAGCUUAUGGAGCCACUCGAGUAGCUGCUAGAAGAGGACAAUUGACAGAUGCACCAGGGGAAAAGUAUUUAACACUUUUAGAUCGAGAAGUGGCACCACCGACUGGGAUGGUAGCUUUGGUGUUUACAGAUAUCAGGAAUUCAACCUCACUUUGGGAAACUAAUCCAGGAAUGCAAUCAGCGAUGAGAAUGCAUAAUCAAUUACUUCGUAGACAGUUAAGAGCGAUUGGAGGAUAUGAAGUGAAGACUGAAGGAGAUGCUUUUAUGGUUUCGUUUCCAUCAGUGACGAGUGCAUUGCUUUGGUGUUUUACAGUACAACUUGAAUUAUUGAGGGAAGAUUGGCCACAGGAGAUCUUGGAUUCUGAAGAUGGAAAGGAGAUUUAUGAUUCGAAUGGAUUGUUGUGUUAUAGAGGUUUGUCUGUUCGAAUGGGAAUUCAUUGGGGUAAUCCACAUUGUGAAGCAGAUCCGAUCACCAGAAGAAUGGAUUAUUUUGGACCGAUGGUUAAUCGAUCUGCACGUAUCUCGGGUGAAGCUAAAGGAGGUGAGAUUACGGCUUCAUUGGAUGUGAUUGAGAUUGUGAAGACUUUAUGUUUUGAUCAAGAAUCAGAUGAAGCUCAAAGUUUAAGGAAUGUCAAGGAAAACAAAGAAUGUGCUGAAACGGUUUUAGAUCCAGCUACUAGAAGAGAUGUAGCAUCGAUUAGGAAGAUGGGAUUUGGGAUUUCAGAGAUUGGAGAAAAGAGGUUGAAAGGAUUAGAGAUGCCAGAGUUUUUGUCAUUGAUUUAUCCUAGAGCGUUAGCCGGUAGA